AUUGUACUAUUUAACAAUACGUAUUAUUUGUAAGUUAAUAAAUAAAUAAAUAUCAAUGACUUUCAGAAAUAUUUGUUUGAAUCAAUUUAGAUAAAUUUUCAUUGUUUUUACUUUAUUUAUUAGACUCUAUACGGCUGUUAGUAGUGAUUCAAAAGGAAUUUGGCGUGCACAAUUAGCAUUAGCUACUUGUGAUCAGAAUUGUUUGACGAAAACCAAUUGGAAAUAUUAUGGACCUUUAUUUCCUAAUGUAUUUUGGAGUAAAAGUGGUAGCUUAUUAGUUCAUAAUGAUACACAUCGUUAUUUAUUCUUUAAUGAUUCACAUAUUUCUAUCGCUCAAACAAAAGAUCUUAUUCAUUAUGAUUUAUCCUCUGCAUUUCUUCUUAAAACUCGUCCUGAUCAUUUUGAUUCUGAACUGGUCGAAGCUGGACCACAACCAUUAAAAUUAAGUGAUAAAAAUUAUUUAUUUCUUUAUAAUUCAGGACGAAAAACAACCAUUCCAAAUCCUAAACCUGGUUGGAAUAUUCAAUAUAAUUUAGGAUGGGCAAUAUUAAAUGGAGAUGAUCCAACACAAGUUUUAGCUCGAAGUGAACAACCAAUUUUAUCACCUGAAUUAGAUUGGGAAAAAUGUGAUAAUAGUUCAGGAAUAUGGGCUAAUCGUGGUCUUACACCAUUAGUUAUUUUUGUUGAAGGUUGGAAACAAACAGCCGAAAAUACAUUCUUAGUUUGGUAUCAAGGUUGUGAUUCAACGAUGGGUUUAGCUGAACUUAAAGUAUAUUUUUCAUAA